UCUCUCUCUCUCUCUCUCUCUCAAUUACCAAGUCAUAAUAUUUUCAAUCUUCUUCCUAUAAAUCUGCAUAAACUUUCAUGACGGAAUCAACAGAUCACCAUCAUCAUCUCCUAUUUGUGUGAUCCGCAGAACAUGGGUCCAAGCAGCUCCACCACCGGAGCAAACGUUUCCUCUCCAUAUAUUUCCGGCGACGCCUCCACCUCCUCCUACUCCUCGCCGCCUGUACAAAUACACCCAGUCUCGUUGCCACCCCCUAGAACCACCUUCCAUAAGCUCAAGCACCGCCUCUUCGAGAUCUUCUUCCCCGAUGACCCUCUCCACAGAUUCAAAAACCAGACCCCUCUCCUCAAAUUCCUCCUCGCCUUCCAGUAUAUUUUUCCCAUUUCUCAAUGGCUUCCUUGUUACAGUCUCCAGCUCUUCCGCUCCGACUUCAUCGCCGGCCUCACCAUUGCCAGCCUCGCGAUUCCUCAGGGAAUUAGUUACGCCAAGCUUGCACAUCUUCCACCCAUAAUUGGACUAUAUUCAAGCUUUGUGCCGCCAUUAAUAUACACAGUUCUUGGAAGUUCUAGGCAUCUUGGUGUUGGUCCGGUCUCAAUAGCAUCUCUGGUGAUGGGCACAAUGCUAAGUGAGAUGGUAUCUGCUACUCAUGAACCAGACCUCUACCUUAAACUUGCCUUUACCUCCACGUUUUUUGCCGGUGUAUUUCAAGCUUCUUUGGGCAUAUUUAGGUCAGGAUUCAUAAUUGAUUUCCUUUCCAAGGCCACUCUAAUCGGCUUCAUGGCCGGAGCAGCCAUUAUCGUUUCCCUGCAACAGCUUAAAGGGUUGCUCGGGAUUGCGCACUUCACCAACAAAAUGCAGAUUGUCCCUGUUUUGUCAUCUGUUUUCCAUCACAAACAAGAGUGGUCCUGGCAAACCAUUUUGAUGGGCUUCAGUUUCCUAGUAUUUCUUCUCACAGCAAGACAAAUUGGUUCGAUGAAACCAAAGCUAUUCUGGGUUUCUGCAGCAGCGCCAUUAGUAUCGGUCAUCCUAUCAACAUUGUUGACAUUUUCUCUGAGAUCUGAAGUACAAGAUCUCUCAAUAAUAGGUACCUUGCCAAAGGGUCUUAACCCGUCUUCACUGAAAUUUCUGUAUUUUCACGGCCCUCAUCUAGGCCUCUGUAUCAAAACCGGUGUCAUAACUGGGAUGUUGUCUCUCACAGAAGGAAUUGCAGUUGGUAGAACAUUCGCCUCGCUGCAGAAUUAUCAGCUUGAUGGCAAUAAAGAAAUGACAGCAAUCGGGCUAAUGAACAUUGCCGGCUCCUUCUCCUCUUGCUAUGUUACUACAGGAUCUUUCUCUCGAUCUGCUGUCAACCACAAUGCUGGAGCAAAAACUGCCUUUUCAAACAUAGUGAUGGCAGCAGCUGUGCUUGUGACUCUUCUGUUUCUCAUGCCACUUUUCUAUUACACUCCAAAUUUUGUCUUGGCAGCAAUUAUCAUAACGGCUGUCAUUGGGCUAAUCGACUACAAAGCUGCCAUCCGGUUGUGGAAGAUCGACAAGCUUGAUUUCUUGGCCUGUCUAUGUUCAUUCUUUGGAGUUCUAUUUCUCUCUGUUCAGAUGGGCCUCGCCAUUGCACGCCUUUUAAGACAAAAUUUCCCUCUUGCUCACCAUGGACUGCUUAGAAAAAUUCUUAUGCUUUUGCUGGAAGUAAAGGUUGGCGUGUCGAUCUUAAAGAUUAUCCUCCACAUUACAAGGCCAAACACCAAUGUAAUGGGGAAUAUCCCGGGCACUCAAGUCUACCAAAGUCUCAGCCAUUACGAGAACGUUUUGAGGGUUCCAUCUUUCCUCAUCUUAAGCAUUGAGUCUCCCAUCUAUUUUGCGAAUUCAACCUAUCUCCAAGAAAGGAUAUUAAGAUUGGUCAGGGAGGAGGAGGAGAGGAUCCAAAACAAUAAAGAAACAUCUCUAAAAUGUGUGAUUUUGGAUAUGAAAGCGGUAACAGCAAUUGAUUCUAGCGGACUUGAUGCCCUAUACGAACUGAACGUGACAAUGGACCGGAGAUCGCUUCAGCUUGUGCUGGUUAAUCCUGUGGGAGGUGUGAUGGAAAAGCUCAAGAGCUCGAAGCUUCUUGACUUGUGGAGGUUGAAUGGACUCUAUUUGACAGUUGGAGAAGCUGUUGCAGACAUAUCGUCCACAUGGAAGCUUUGAUACUAGGUAGAAGAUAUAUAGGAUGGAUUGGACAUUUCAGCCUUUACUUUGUUCUGGAAAUCUUCUUUAGUGAGACUGGCUAUACAAAA